GUUAACCAAUUGGUUGUUGGUGCAGUGGUGAUUGAGACUACACUUAAUAGGGAGGACCCGUGCUUGAAUAAUAAUUGAAAGGGGAUUGAAACCUAACUACUCAAAAGAGUAGUCAGAACUAGGGGUGUUCAAAAAUACCCGUCCCGUUUGACCCGACCCGUUGACCCGCAAAGUACCCGGCGGGUAUUUUUUUUCCAUUUUUGCGGGUCGGGUCGCUAAAAUAUUAGAUUUGCGGGUCGGGUAAUGGGCCGCCCUUUGAGUGUAGCGGGUACCCGCUAAAUACCCGUUUUCUUUUUUUUUUUUUUUCUUUUUUUUGGCUGGAAAUCCGGAAUUCCCUCUACUUGGGAAUUAGGGUUACUCAUACUCACUUAUUGGGCUUGUGAGUUGUGAGUAACCGCAUCUCACAUACUCACCCCUCAUCUCUCUCCUCUCUCCUCUCCCUUCUCUCAAACAUUCAAACGCUCCCUCUUAGGCGACGACCACCAUCCUCCCUCUCAAGCGACGACCAUCGUCCUCCAUCUUAGGCUACCACCGUCCUCCCUCUCAAGCGAACACCGAUCUCACUCCGCCAUCCCUCAACAUCAGCCGCAUUUUUUUUUUUGGUGGAAGUAGGUAAUCUGGUAUUGUUUGAAAUUGCUAGCCAUUGUUAAGCCAACACACUACGACGACGGGGGAAAUUGAGUGGUGGCAGAGGAAAUUGAGAUAGGCCAGAGUAUUUGAUUUACGAGAUUUUUUUUUUCUUUUUGGGAAUAAUGGGUGAAAUUGAUUGUAACACUGCCAUAUUGGUACUUCAUUUCACUUCUUUCAACAAGCAAUAGAGUAGAUCUGAAGAUAUUUAAUUAAUUUCAUUGUUUUGUAAAAUUUAAUGUUGUUUAAUCGGGUACCCGUGACCCGAUCCGCAAAAAUCGGGUACCCGAUUACCGGAUACCCGCCUUUCGCGGGUCGGGUCAUCGGCCGAGUAAUUGACUACCCGCCUUACCCGAAAACCUGGGUAUCCGAUAAUGAACAGCCCUAGUCAGAACUGAUCCCCGAAUUCGAAUUAGGGUAAAGGUAAACGGGUAAAAAAAAAUGAACGUAAAAAAAAAAAAACUGUUACCCAAGUUUGAGGAAAACUAGAGGGAGUACCGGAGUAGUAACAAAAGGGGAAAGUAUAUUUUAAUACAAGAUCAAUUCGCUGGACAUUUUCUACACAAACACAUGCACAAUCUAUCAUAAAACCAAAUCUCUCUCAACUUCUCUCCUCAUUUUCUGUAAUCAUCAUCUCUAUGAAAGCUGAAGAAUUUCCAGAUAAAUACAAAGUCGCUGUUAUUGGCAGCGGUAACUGGGGAAGUGUUGCUGCCAAGCUAAUUGCAUCCAAUACCCUUAAUUACAACAUCUUCCAUGAUGAAGUUAGGAUGUGGGUAUUUGAUGAAACAUUGCCCAGUGGAGAGAAAUUGUCCAAUGUUAUCAAUCAAACCAAUAUAAAUGUGAAGUACCUCCCUGGCAUAGAGCUUGGUAGAAAUGUGAUUGCUGACCCGGACCUCGAUACCACAGUCAGAGAUGCUAACAUGCUGGUAUUCGUGACACCACAUCAGUUUGUCGAUGGUGUUUGUAAGAGACUAGCUGGAAAACUAAGGGGUGAUGUUGAGGCUAUUUCAUUGAUCAAAGGCAUGGAGGUCAAAGUUGACGGCCCACACAUGAUAUCCUAUGUAAUCUCUAAGCAACUUGGAGUCAAUUGUUGUGUUUUAAUGGGGGCAAAUAUUGCUGAUGAGAUAGCUGAGGAGAAGUUUAGUGAAGCAACAUUAGGAUAUAGUGAGAAUAAAGAGGUUGCAGAUAGGUGGGCUCGACUAUUUGCCACACCCUAUUUUGCUGUCACAACUAUUCAAGAUGUGGAAGGAGUGGAAUUAUGUGGUACACUAAAAAAUGUAGUGGCAAUAGCUGCAGGAUUUGUUGAUGGCUUGGAUAUGGGGACUAAUUCAAAAGCAGCAAUCAUGAGAAUUGGCUUGAAUGAAAUGAGGGCAUUCUCCAAGCGACUGUUUCCAUCGGUUAGAGAGGACACUUUCUUUGAGAGUUGUGGAGUUGCUGAUCUUAUCGCUACUUGUUUUGGAGGAAGGAACAGAAAAGUUGCAGAGGCUUUUGCAAUUCAUGGAGGAAAGAGACCCUUUAAGGAGCUGGAAGCUGAGAUGUUGCAGGGGCAGAAAUUACAGGGUGUCUCGACAGCUAAAGAGGUAUACGAGGUCUUAGAAAGCAACAGAUGGUUUGAUUCAUUUCCCCUUUUCAGAACAAUACACGAGAUUUGUAUCGGAUCUUUACCGCCGUCUGCCAUUGUGCAUUAUAAAGCAGAAGUACAUCCAAGCUCUUUCCAACAGAAACUGUGAGCUGAUACAAUACCCUAACCAAUUUCUAUCCUUUUUUUUUUCCUUCCCAACUUCCAAAUCGAUUUACACUGCAAGUUUAAAAAAUUAUUGACCUCUUUGGGGUUGAAACUAAACAUUGGGUUCAGCUCUGCUAUUUUGACUGAAACCAAGUUAAAUUCUCUCUAAUUGUUGUAGUGAGAGUCAGCGGAUGAAGUGUGUAGCACAAUCUGUAAUCUGUAUCUUCAACCUAUCUGUGAAAGUGUGAACUUUAUAUACCUUGGAGCAUAUAUACCAUGAAAAGAUACAUGAUACACAUCAAAAUUCAA